AUGAUCUCCGAGUUCCAAUGCCCUUGUCAUGGAACAAUGAGAGGAUAUGUAGGAGACCAGUAUAAAACUUCGCGAGUGAUAUUUUAUCCUGGAGCUCAAUACGAAGGCAAUUGGAAAAGUAGUCAUAUGUGUGCCCAGCUUGCAGAUGGCAUACCUCUUUUCAAUGCCAUACACCCAAAUGCAGUAGCUGUCUUUCUUUUUGAUCAAAGCAGCAAUCAUAAAGCCUAUCCUGAAGACGCUCUUUUGGCACAAAACAUGAACUUGUGUGCAAUUGAAGUAAAAGACAGUGACUCAGGCCAGGGAAAAUUUUGUGACAGCUCAUUUUAUAAUAAAAAAUACAGAAAAUAUUUCAUUGGCCUUUGUGGCAUAUUACAGCAACGUUCUAUAUAUAGAAACGAAGCAGAGAGAUACUCUUUAAAACGUUCUUGCAAUAAUGUCGCAACAGCUGAUUCUAGAAGUUAUACAAUCCAUAUUAUGGAGAGACAACCAGACUUUGCCAACCAAAAAUCAGCACUCGAAGAAAUAGUUGAAGGCAGUGGACACAAAUUUGAACUGUAUCCAAAAUACCACUGUGAAUGUAAUUGGAUCGAAAGAUACUGGGGAGCAGCCAAGAAAGAAGCAUGA